AUGGACUACAAAACAAACACGACGCCGGGUGAUUUCUUUAUGAUUUCCGACAAGGCAAAACCAGUGACUAGCCGUAUCGCAACUCCGGAAAUCGUAUUGACGGGUACGAGUAGCGUUCUUUCUAUCAUAGGCGCUUUCAUUAUAUUCGCUACCUACAGAUUCGUACCCAAGCAGUAUAAUUUUACGAGGAAGUUACUUGUUUAUUUGACGAUUGCGGAUUUUAUAACGGCAGUUGGAAAUCUGGUCGGAGUGUCAAGAUAUGUUUAUGUUUAUGGGGCUAACACGCAUGACCAGGACUGCACGAAUGGCACAGGAUCGACCGAUGACAAAGACUACAUCCCGGACAACAGCCUUCAAGAUCUGUGUCGCAUCCAGAGUUUCUUCACUACUGCCUCCAACUUGUCCUCCUUCCUUUGGACGUUCGUCAUCGCCUUACAUAUAUGGGCUACGGUCAUUUUAAAAAUAACGGUGACGUCACGUAGAAUCGCUCACGUGAUCUACCAUGUCCUCUGCUGGGGCAUUCCGAUUGUCAUUGUGAGUACUAUGGUGUCACACCUAGGCGAGGACUAUUGUUAUGGCACAGGCGUCUGGUGCGGCCUCAAGAGUAACGGAGACAUGACGGAGCUCAGGCGGCUCAUGUUUCUCGCAGACGUCGGCUGGCAGCUCCCCUCUUACGUCAUUUCCUGCUUUUUCUACAUGCACAUCAUUUUCUAUUUGUUUCUACAUAAGCGUUCCUUGCAAGACGAAUCCCAAGAUCAACUACGCAAGGAAGACAGGAACUACCUGCUAGUCUGGUUCGUGUUGUACGCCCUCAAACUGUGGGGAGUCAUUCGCUUUUUCUUAACGGCGUACUUGACUGAUGAUAUGUUACAACUCCCAAUCACUAAAAUAUGGUUGGAAGUUCUGUUGAUCGUACAGAGUUAUGGCGCUAGCGGACAGGCGUUUUGGAACUGUGUCCUGUUCUGUUUUUGUGACGCAACUGUGCGCUGUAAGAUGUGGCGAUGCAAUAAAGUCCCCGUUCAAGCGGAAGCAGCUGAAGCUAGUGAAAAUAUGCCAUUAUUGCUGGAGUUACAUGACAAUCAUAGAAAAGACAUGACAAAACAGUACAUAAUUUAAACACAUCAAAAUAUGAUAUGCUUUUUGUCACAUUAAAUCAUUUUAACAUUUCAUUAUACCAAUAAACAAAUUGUAAUCACAGAUACACAUAAACACAAUAAAUACAGAGAUAG